UGAUCAGCAAAAUUGGUCCGUAUUUGAAAAUGACCGACAUUGCGCUUAUGUCGGGACUUGCAAAUGUUUUGAGGGAGGCUUCUGCUGCUUUAGGGCGGUUGGGUGGAAGAGUCGCUAUUGAAACUGAUGGCAAUUCACGCGGAGAUAAGGCAGAUAUCCAAGAAGCAGCACUGGCAUUGGAGCAGGUCGCCGAUACUAUCGACAGUGGACGAGGUUUCAAUUCAGCAAAAGUGCCUUCUUUGAGCGAGAAACUGGCUGCCAUUGCUCGGGGAAAAUUGUCCCUUGCGAGCGAGCCACGGGUGGAACUACGGCCUCGAAGCCGCAGUAGCAGCACUUCCAGUCGCUUGUCCCGCGUUAGUGAGCGAUCAGGAGUCGAUGAAGAAGCCAUUCAAGCCUUCGUCGCAACAUAUGACCUGGAUCCAUGGGUUGGAGAGGCUUUAGCAAUGCUAUCCCCUUCUCAACGAUCCUCUGUGAUCAAGACUCCCUUGAAGGUGGAACAUGCUCGGAAUCGGAACGGAGUGGUGAUGAGCCGAGUUAAAACCGUGACUCCUGUGGAGCGAAGGAUCCAAAUCUUCACCAAGGUCAAUGAACUUGGUGAGGGCGUCAUAGAUCGUUUAUCGACAUUGACUCCAGAACAGUGUGAGGCUGUGAUGGAUUCUGGGAUGAAGAUUCAGCGGGCCUCCAAUCCUUCUGGAGUUGCAAUGAGUCGCAUCUCAGAGGCCUUACGUAAUCUUCCGGAUGAAAGGCACUCAGAACCCUUCGAGUCUCGGCUCGGAGAUCGGUACCGCAAAGUGCGUAGCAGGAGCCGCCGGCGAACCCCAAAGACUCAGGAGGUCGCCGAGAUACCGCAAGACGUCAAGCACUUGAUGCAGGAAUUGGGCCUUGAAGUCUGGUGCGGAGAGGUUCUGAGGCGUUUGACUCUCUGGCAGCGACAAGCCGUAGUGCGAGAGCUUGGGAACAUGCAUGAUGUUCGCAACCCCACUGGUGUCGUCAUCAGCCGUAUCAAGCAGAUUGUAACGCCUGACGAGCUGUUGCAGAUUUUCAUUGAGCUCAAUGGCCUGGACCAAGACGUGGAGGCCAAGUUGUGGGAACUGACACCAGAGCAAAGGAUCGAAGUGCUUGCACCUGGAAUUUACGUUCAGAAUGUUAGGAACACGUCUACCGCUGUUCGAAGCCGCAUUGGCAAUGUCCUGGAAGGUCGCAAAGCAAUGACUCGGGCAAGGGCAGAGGAAGGGCGCUCCUCACACAGGCAGAGCAGGCACACGUUGCGAAGCCGGAGCCGAAGGCGAGCACUUUCAGCCUGGACUCACUGGCAAUGGACUCACUGGCCAAGAGCAAAGGGAAGCUAAGCCGCUAAGCAUUGAACGACAAAAACGUUGUCAAAUG